AUGCGCAGCAGGGCGCACCUCACCACAAACCUGGUGGGGGGACUGGGGAACCAGCUGUUUCUCGUGGCGAAUCUCUUGGCCACCGCGCGGCGUAACGGUGUGCCAGCUGUGCUGAAGCGGUUGCCAUGGAGCAGCAGCAGCGAGCAGCCACGGCCUGUUUAUUGGCACUCCAUCUUUGAGGACCUCAGUGCCUACGGGGUCGGGUGCGACGUCCCUGCAGGCGUUCCUGAAGUAAUUGUGCCUGAGCCGCGGCCGGUGGCACCGGUGAAGGUGGAUGCCGCGGUGAACUGCGUGUAUAACAUGGUUGGCUUCUUUCAGUCCGAAGCCUUCUUCGCGGACCACCCUGUGGUGAGGGAUGUCAUUCCCUCUAGGCUGCGCAGCGCGGCGCGGCGGCACCUGCACGACAACUACGGCGAGCCCGGUAGCGUGCAACAUGUCGGUCUUCACAUUCGUCGCGGGGACUACCUGCGGAUGCGUGACGUGUUUGAGAUCCUGGAGGUCGACUACUACGACGCGGCGGUGCGGCAGUUGCUGGGGCAUAGCCUGCAGCUGCAGGCGAUGGCGGGAGGACGUGGAGUGCACCUCUUGGUGUUCUGCGAGGAGGCGCGCUACGGCGCCUCCGUCGUCGGCUACUUCCGCAGCAAGUACCCGGGCCUCGAGGCGUCGCUGGUGCGCGCCGCCGCAGAGCGCGUGCCCUUCGAGUGCGGGAGUCACGCACCGCGGGAGGUGCUGGAGCUGCUGAUGCUCGCCGGCUGCGAGGACGUUGUCAUGUCGAACUCGACGUGGUCGUGGUGGGCGGCGUAUUUUAACGAAUGCCCGCUGCGCCGCGUCGUGGCUCCCGCGCGGUGGUUUGUGCAGCACCCAUACCCGCAGUCCAACCACCUCUACCGCCAAAACUGGCUCCUGUUGUGA